GCUUCGUCUAGUCACGUCCUUGGAGAUUUUGGAUGUCUAAUGCAGCGGACUUCGACACUCUCCGUAGAUCCUUGUUUGCCAGAAGAAGAUCCUACUUUUGAAAUUCCUUCUGACGCUCAGCGAGGUCGUCUGAAUUGCGAUCCUGCAUCGUCAAAUUGUUCCAAAGCAAACCGGAUACCCGGUCAAAACGGCCACCCCACAGACAUCCCUGUAUCUCACUCUGCGCAAUCCGUUCCGAGUCGUCGGAAACGUGUGCGGAUAUCUCCACUCUCGCGCAUAGUGACUCCUCAGCCGAAAGACGAUCCGCAACACCAUGCUUCAGAUACGUCUACAAAUGCAAGAACCGACCUAUAUUCAUCGGAGGGUCCCACUGCGCUCUCGGUUCCCCAGGUUUUAUCCCAAUUGAAUCUGAUCAAAAUUGACCCAGACAUACGUGAUUUAAUACGAAAGUACGUCCCAUCUGACUCCAUUGUACGAUGUUUGGAGCUGGCAGGAUUCACAUCGCCUCAUGUGUUGGCUUGCUUGAGUGAGGCUCAGAUACAACGGCUGGAGGAUUUCGUCGGGCAUGCCUGUAUGCUGAUGGAUCCCAUUCAACUCCGGGAAUUUUUUAUUGGGCCCGUCUUUGCGCAGUUCCCUGAACAUUUUCGCCUUCCGUCGGGUGCUAUAUGUGGUCUUCUGUUGGCAGCGGAUGAAAUAAAGACUAAAUUUGUUCUUACCCCUGCUCCUACUUCUCCUGACAGUGUAACGCCUAACGGCAGUGGCCGGGUUGACACAGCCUCACAGACUGAAUUGUCGAUACCUUCUGCUUCCAACGCGAAUCCUUUUUUGAUGCUGUCCAGUGUCUAUGGGUUGCCUGCCCUACACAACGCACCUUCAUCAAUCAGCCCACCUGCCUUAUCCCAAUCGAUGAUCGCAUCGUCGCCUGCAUCCAUUGGUAUGGCUCAAUGUGCUGAGCAUCGCGUAAAGCAAAUGAAUGCAUCUUCUUUGCAUUCUCAGUCGCCAAUUGAUCAUUCAGUCCCUGCCUCCGACACUGUCGCCAUCAUGGCCGCAGCUUUCCAAGCAGCAGCCAUCGCCGCGUCAAAUAAUGACUAUUCGUUGCAAAUCCAAAAGACAGAUAGUUCCACUCAAGUUUCAGCCUACACCAGCGGAUCUGAUCUGCCCGCAGCUGCUAGUGAGCAUCAUACAAACACACUUGAACUGCCCCAAUCUCUCAGUUCAGGUUUUCCUGUCGAACCAAACUCGUCCACUCAACAAGCGGUUCGACUUGUAGCAGCCGUGUCCGGGCGUUCUAUUACUACGUCUGUGCCCUCCAACUCACCAAAUUCCAACUAUUCAAUGACACAUUAUGAUGAAGAGGUAGUGGAUUUAGAUCGGCUUAAGCAGCAUUCUUCUGCUAGUGCUACUCGUCUAGCUUCCAGGCAAUUUCUCAAUGCUCAUUUGGUCCGGGGGCGGGAUUUUGAUAUGGAGAUGGAGAUUUCAACCACACCGGAGGGUGUGAAACGCGUUACAGGGAUAUUCUACUGUCAUCUAUGUCGAGAAAAACGCGAACGUACGUCGGCUGUCAGGUUUUCCAUAGCUCGCAACCGAUAUCCCGUUUUGAGCAACGUGUUGUCGCAUUUAAAGACUCAUUUUCAGUACCGUGGACAGUUGUUCACGGGGUCCCAUCUUUUCUCUACAGUGAGCACCAUCUCGAAUCAUUCAUCUGGAUUCAACACUAACACCGUGCUACCGAUCGUUGCUCAUAGCACUUCGGUGCCACCUUGUUACCCUACUACAACGCCUAAUACCGUCUCUCGGAAUGCGGCACAAAACUUCGAUCCGCACACAUCUGGCACUCCGUCUACAUGUGUAGGUACGAACACAGUUGCUCGUUGUGACGUUAACCCGCCAAAUUUUAUUUUUAAAGGUGAAGCCCCAGAUGGCAAAACUAAUGUAAAUGACGGCUGUACUAUUAGUGCUGGACGUGUUCGUAGAGUGAGCAAUUUACGACGUCCUCCAUCUCCCAGCAGUCAGUCACAGGACGCACCGAUGACAGCCGAGACAAGCUUAACUGAAUCAUCUGAUGGUUCUACGUUUAAUUCAACGGUUGACCAUUACAGCUACCAAAGCGAUCCAUCCACAAGAUAAACUCAUGCAUUGAGAUAUCGCGCACAGUCUUGUAGCAUAUGUAUUUCAACUCUCACAUUAGACAAUCUUUGUUCCCCAUGCUUAAUCGUCACAAAGUACUUUCAUCGCUAUCAUUCCUCGUUUUUAUUGGUUUCCUGUCAUACUGAAGGCCGCCUUUUGAGCCUCUGUCUAUUCUCGCUUAUGUAUUUGUUAUUUAUCACCCAUGCCUCGCCUUUUAUUCGUGCCAUAAGGUCCAUACUCAUUCGUGCGAUGCGUACCGAAGUCGGAUACUGUAAAAAUUAUUCCUCCAUUUGCUCAUUUUUGUGACAUUUGCAGUUACUUUACGCAUUAUCCCAAACCGGUUUCCGAAGGAAUUUUUAUUGUUUUCGGCUCGUCUCUUAUCCUCUUACCAUGUGUCAUCGUGUGUCUUUGUCCAUGAAUAAGCACAGUUUUGGUACUUGAAUUUCAUCUAAUCUGUCCGUUCAGAGUUUGUUCGAUCGGCUGGCUUAUUAUCUAACUCGAAUCUGAGGAUGUUACUCUCCUGCAAUGAAAAUGAUCAUGCGGUAACCGUUGGGUUUUACUAGAUACCCAGAUCUUCGUGCUUUUUCC